AACAUGAACUUCUCCUCUCGUACAACAUCACUUGAUGUUCAGAGGAACCUGGAGGCCAACAUGGAGAAGAGGACUAAAGACACAUAUGGACCACCUUCUAAUAAGAGACUCAUCAUCUUCAUUGAUGAACUCAACAUGCCACAGGUAGGCUGA